AUUUAGGGUUGCCAUUUUAAUCACGUGACUUUCAAAUAAAAAAUGGCCCCCCAUGGAAGAUGCUGUGAGGGUGACCACCAGCACCGUGAUACCCCCGAAAUGGGGGUAGAGUACAGCCUUUACACCAAAAUCGACAAAAACAACCUCGAGUGUCUCAACGAGGCCACCGAAGGCACGGGUAAGACUGUGUUCAAGCCAUGGGAAGAGCGUCUCAAUUUCGACGUCUACGUAGAAUCGGACGCUGACGAGGAAUUACUCUUCAAUAUUCCCUUCACGGGCAAUGUGAAACUCAAAGGUAUUAUAAUAAUCGGCGAGGACGCCGAUACACACCCCAAUAAAGUCAGGAUGUUCAAAAAUCGCCCCCGGAUGACUUUCGAUGAUGUGAGCGCGGUUGCCGAUCAGGAGUUUCAGUUGCAUGUCGAUAAUACGGGGCUGUUGGAGUAUGCGACCAAGGUUGUUACCUUUAAUAGCGUGCACCACUUAACGUUACAUUUCCCAAGUAAUUUCGGGGCUGAUACGACUAGGAUUUAUUAUAUUGGCCUGAGGGGGGAGUAUAGUGAAGCGCACCAUCAUGGGGUCACUAUCUGUACUUAUGAGUCCAGACCCAACAUAGCCGACCAUGAGAAGCUUCAAGAUAAUGUGACUCACCGUGUUCAGUGAUUUUCCAAGUCUGUUCAGUUGUGAUACUUUUGCUAUUUAAUAAAACUAAUUUAUUGAUGCA